CAGUGUGAUAGCUGGAGGGGCAGUUAGUGUGAUAGCUGGAGGGGCAGUCAGUGUGAUAGCUGGAGGGGCAGUCAGUGUGCUAGCUGGAGGGGCAGUCAGUGUGAUAGCUGGAGGGGCAGUUAGUGUGAUAGCUGGAGGGGCAGUCAGUGUGAUAGCUGGAGGGGCAGUCAGUGUGAUAGCUGGAGGGGCAGUUAGUGUGAUAGCUGGAGGGGCAGUUAGUGUGAUAGCUGGAGGGGCAGUUAGUGUGCUAGCUGGAGGGGCAGUUAGUGUGCUAGCUGGAGGGGCAGUUAGUGUUAGCGAAUUAGCAAUCUCUGUUUACACAAAACAAAACAUUUAUAGCCAAAGGAAAAGUUAGGGAGGGUUAUGACGGCUCAUUUUUGUACUAUGCACAGAACAAUAAAACACCAGGCAAUGCAUACGUAUAGCCAGUAAAACUACAAUGCGUCAGGAAGACUAGCUGGGGUAUUUCUAAACACAUUGUUUAAAUAAUAGCACGAUGUUAACUUAAUUCAAAUAUUCAAUAUCGAAAGAGCAGAGACAGAAAAACAAAUACAUCUGUCUCAAAAUCAAAGUCUCCUCCCACUGAUGCGCCUCUUAACCAAUCAGAGCCGCCUCUGCUCGGAACUUUAACAAGGUGUCGUCAUGGGAACCGAGGGACAACAAGGCGCGAGAAACAAUCGAUUAGUUCGGGAAAGCUACAAUACAAGCGGAUUCAUUUCGAAACAUUUACAAACGAUGGAAAAACAAGUAACUGAAGCAACUGAGGGCACUGACGCGACUGAAGAAGGUAAACCCCGGUACCGACAGAGGGAUCUCUUCCAAACCCACUUCUUCCGAGCAGCCGCUAAAUCGUUCGGCGCUCCAAAAUCCAGGCGGAGAGUUCUGGUAGCGCCUCCGAUGCUGAAAUGCGAUCCUGAAGACCGGGUGACGAUACAAACUGUCACUGAGACCCUUCCAGACUCGGACUACAACGUAAAGACUCGCGGUCCACCGGACACCCCUGACCCGGCUGCAUCAGCACUACGGACACCAGCUGUAAAGAAGGGGCUUCCAACAGAACCGGGGGAGGACGAGAAAGGUCGGUACCAGAAAUGGCUCACAGACAGGAGACAGACCAGGACAGAGCUAGACAGCUUGGGAAACGUGGACGCCUAUCUGCGAGGCAAGCACGUCAAAACCGACCUGGAGAAAGCGGUGGUGGACAGGAUCCGAAACCAGAGACGGGUGUGCAGGGGGCUUCUCAGAAACAGCAGGGCGCAGCCAUCGGGUCCGACCAAGGCUGGUUCAGUGAGGUCCAAGCCCAGGGCCCCUCCCAAGAUCUGCAGCCCAUCUCCGCUGGGAAUGGGAGUCCUGGUGCUCUACCUGCAGAAGGAGAAGCUGCGGCUGCUGGACCUCUUCCACAGGGUGGACAAGACCAGGAGGGGCAAAGUGACCAGAGAGGAUUUCAAGCUCGUCAUCGACACGGCAAGAAUCCCUUUAGACAAGCAGCAGCUGGACCAGCUGAUCGUGAGUUUGAGCUGUGCAGAUACGGACCUGGUGAGCUACAAAGAGCUGGUGGAGGGGAGGAACGCGUGGAACCAGGAGGCUCGGGAGUCCUGCAGGAAUGAGCCCCUGCUGUCAGAGGCAGAGGAGCGUUUCAACGAUGAUGAAGCAGAAAGACAGUCCGCCACCGUGCGUCCAUCGCCCUCACCACGUGGGUCCCUGGUAGCUCGGAGUGGGGUUCCACUAACUUCUCCUGGGGACAGGCUCAAGACCCCUGUAGACAGGGUCAAGUCUCCUGGGGACAGGCUCAAGACCCCUGUAGACAGGAUCAAGUCUCCUGGGGACAGACUCAUGUCUCCAGGGAGCAGUCCCAGCAGGCUGAGCUCCGGCUCUCAGUUUCUGGAAGUCCCCCCGACUGAGCUGAGUGAGGGCCGGCCGCUGAGCUAUGAAGACAUGGAGGAUAUCGGCAAGUGGAACAGGGAGAGGAGACGUCGUUCUGAGAUCGAUACUAACAGUUUGGUCUGGCGGGAGCAAUGCCGCCUGGUCAGGACAGGCAACGCUGCCAUUGACAGCCACGCCCUGCCGUCGACUCUGGGGGGAGAGGAUGCAGAGGCGGUGAAUAGAUUCCGGAGGAGCUGCUUCAACGUUUACAUGGACACCAUGCAGCUGUGCCAGAGAAACACCAUGCCCCAGACCAUGGGACCGCUGGAGAAAGGACUGCUGUACCCAGGAGACAAGCUAAUAGCCAGGCAUCGGUCUAACUUCCAGGGAUCAGGGCAUAAAAGAAUCAGCAGGGCACAAGACCGGGGCUUUAAACCAGAGCACAGACAGAGAGCAGCACAAACCCACUGAGCUGCAAAGGAUUCAGCACAACACCCUUCGCUCGAAUCGCAAGAGCUGCUGUUUCACUGCCUCCGCGAGAGGGCAGCAGUGACCCCCCCCAGAGUGAACAACAACAACAAGGACCCAGCCGGGUUGAAAAUACUGCACAUCAUUGUAUUCAUAAUGCACCUUGGGUUUCGAUUACUGAAUAAAAUCAUU